UCUGGCGUCCGGUCCGGGUCCGGGUUUCAUACCCCAUCAGUAUGGCGUCGGACAUCUCUCAGACUCUUCGAAGCAAAGGCAAAAAACGACAACAUGAUGAUUCUGACGAAGACUGGGCAGUUGAUUCGAAUCUAAGCACGACGAGUAAUAAAUCUAACUUAUCUAACACAUCCCUCGGUGAUGGCAAACUUCAACCGAGUACGUCAAGCUGGGAGAUAGUAGACUUAAAAGCUGUUGGCGUUUUUUACAACAGUAAUUCUCUACCAAUACCAACACUAUUAGACAUGAUUUAUGAUCAGUCAGGAAUGUUUGGAGCAUUGAAAACGCCACAAAAAGAAUUUGUUGAGGGUCUCCAGAAAAAUAUUACGUUUUCUUCAUCAAUGCUUAAUGUGAAAACUGGCUAUCACUUGAAUGAUAUUUUAAGUGAAAGCAAGCACAAUUUAGAAUCAAACAAGGAUACAAAUAGCAAAGUUGAAGAUUUCAUUGCUAACACAGUGCUUAUGAUACGGUGUGCAUUGGAGAGACAAAUUCCAGCAAAACUUACAAAAGCUGUGUUUGUAGAUCUCUUCAAAUCGUUUGCAAAGAUGUGUGGCUUAGUUGCAGUUUGUGGGUCAGAAUGGAGAACAAACAUAGAUAUUCUUAAAUGCAGAGUAUCUUCAGAAGCAGAUGUUAUACUUAUGAAUGCAGAUUAUCUGAAAAAUAAGAAGAGUACAGUGUCAGUUGUUUCAAUUAAAGAGGUAAAAAAUUUAUCUCACAAGUUAGAGAAAUGUGUCCAACCUAAGAGAACUAGACCAAAAAGAAAAACUAGUAAUGAUAGCUCAUCAAGUUCUGAUACACAAGAAGAACCUCUUUAUGAAGAACCAGAAAUUUUCAAAAGAAUAAAACAACCUGUUCUUGCCCAGCAUGGGGGAGAACUUUUAGUUCAUGCUCAUGGACAUCAUACAUGGAGUUUUAUGAAACAUGUGAAAAGAUCCGAUAAUUCAUGUAAUUCUAAAUUUCUUCCAGGGAUGAUAGUUAUUGGAACACAGGUGACAAUAACUGUUCUUGACUAUAGUCAGUAUCAUCAGAAUGAAAUAACUGACAAAAGUUUUAUUGGAAGUGGAAGAAGUUGCAUUUACUACUCUGACACAAAAGAUCUCUUAAAAAAAGAAGACCGUGAUAUGGUUAUUGAGGCAUUAGUAAGAAUGAAUAAUGGAUGUACACCAUAGCCAUGAUUAUAUAAUUGUGUAAAACAGGGUAUUAGCUAAGAAGUUUACAAAAAAUCGACAUAACUUGAUUUCUUUUGUUUUAACAAGUUACAAAAAGCAAAAUUGCCCUAAAGGUUUAGGAAUUAGGGUCCACAAAGGGGCCAAAAACAAGCAUUUUUCUGGUUUCCAGACAAUAACUCGGGUAAAAGUGUAUAGACCUCUCUGAAAUUGUAAUGCAAGACUAUAUAUACUAUAUAGACAGCUAGGAUUGAAUUUUUGGGGUAAUUGCCCCAAACAUUCAGGAAUUAGGGGCCAGAAACAAGUAUUUUACUAGUUUAUAGACAAUAAUAUGUGUUAAAGUGUAUGGAUCUCUCUGUUAUUGUACUGCAAGGUACCAUAUCACAAAGGGAAAGCUGGGAUUGAGUUUUGGGGUAAUAACUAAAAUGGGGGUUAAAAAAAUUGGGGGGGAUUUUCAAAUAUUUUUUUUUUUUUAUUGAUUAUUCCUGAUAAAUAUAUAAAAGCAAAAAAUACUGAUAUGGCAGGAGAAAUACACCAAAUGCAAUACUGUGCAAUAUUGAAGAUUUCUUUGCUAUUGCGCAACACUGCAAUUGAAGAUUUCCUGCUAUUGCGCAAUACUUUAAAAUUGAAGAUUUCUUGCUUAUACGCAAUACUGUGCUUUUAUGCAAUACUGUGUUAUUGUGCAAUACUGUGCAAUUGAAGAUUUUUUGCUAUUGCGCAACACUGCAAUUGAAGAUUCCCUACUAUUGCGCAAUACUUUUCAAUUGAAGAUUUCUUGCUUAUGCGCAAUACUGUUUUAUUGUGCAAUACUGUGCAAUUGAAGAUUUUUUGCUAUUGCCCAAAUACUGUGUAAUUGAAGAUUUUUGGUAUUGCACAAUCAUGACAAUACUGUGUAAUUGAAAUUUCUUCUUCUUCUUUUUUUUUCUUUCUUUUUUUGAAUUUUAGCAUGUUGUUAGAUUAUGGAUAUCAGACCAUUCUAGGUACAUUAAAUGUCCUAUUUCAAAAUUUUAAGAUCUUUGACCACAUUUAUUUUGUGUCAGAAACCUAUAUUAUGUCAAAAAUUUGAUCACAAUCCAAAUUCAGACAGUAUCAAGCUUGAAUACUGUGUCAAAACUUGCCCCAACUGUUUACAGUUCGACCUCUGCGGUUGUAUCAGGCUGCGCUCAGCAAGGCAUUUUAUCAAAGUAUUGUUUGAUUUUAUUUUAUACACAAUUUGACAUUUUACCUUUUUAUUUUAGGACUAUUUGUGCUCUCCUAAAGAAGAAUCAAGUUUUUCUCAUCAGUUUGCAUGCAUUGUUAAAUUUUACAAAAAAAUUCUCCUCUGAAACAAUUGUACCAAUUGAACCCAAACUGAGCCACAAUCAUCAUUUGGAUAUCUAGUUGAAACUGUGUCUGAUGAUCCUGCUGCCAACAUGGCUUAAAAUGGAACAUAGGGGUAAAAUGCAAGUUUUGUCUAUUGCAUGCAUCUUGGAAAGUGUUUUAGAUAGAGAAAAUCAGACAAGGGCUGUUCUGAAUGAUCAGAUCUACGUACUGUCAAUUUACACAAUAUAUAUAUCAAGUUAGAAUUUUGUUCCUAUACAAUGAUUUCUUAACCGGUAGGGGACUAUGUAUUGCCAUGCAAUACUCACAGAAUGGUUGUUUUACCUUUUUUUCAUUUUUGCCCAUCAUCUUGAAACUAUAAUAGAUAGGUUAAAUCUUUAGAAAGCAAAAAUUAUGAGCAGGACAAGAUAAGCAAAUUUGUCAAGAUAGCAGAAAUUGUCAGUCAACUCUUUUGUGGGAGUAAUUGCCCAUGAUGAUUUUUAUGCACCACCUACGAUAGAAGAGGGGCAUUUUUUUUUCUGGUCUGUGCGUCCGUUCAUUCGUCCGUCUGUCCCGCUUCAGGUUAAAGUUUUUGGUCAAGGUAGUUUUUGAUGAAGUUGAAGUCCAAUCAACUUCAAACUUAGUAUACAUGUUCCCUAUGACAUGAUCUUCCUAAUUUUAAUGCCAAAUUAGUUUUUACACCAAUUUCACGGUCUACUGAACAUAGAAAAUGAUAGAGCGAGUGGGGCAUCCGUGUACUUGGGACACAUUCUUGUUACACAUGUUUUGCAAUAUUGGGGUAUACUUUCGGGAGUAAAGAAAAACUGUAGACAGCAAAAAGGAUCAGCAAGACGGGAUCAACAUUAGUAAUGAAUUAUAUCCCUGACUGUAUUGUAGGAGAGUGGUGACAGUUCAAGAUGCACAUAUAUCUAGGUCACAAGUGACAAAGGUUCUUUAGAGCCUUUAGUUUUUCAAAAGUAUUUUAUAAACAUAAUUAUAUCAAUAUAAGGAGAUGUGUGGUAUGAUUGCCAAUGAGACAUCUAUUUUCCAAAGUUCAAAUGAAGUGGAUGUAAGCAGUUAUAGGCAACCUUACAGCCAUUAACAUUGAGAAAAACCCAUAAACUAUAUUUUCGGCUAAAGUUUAUUAAAUCUCUUUCUGUUUCAGUAAUUUAUAUUGUUUCAAUUGCUCAAUCAACACACAAUGGCAUACUUGAUUUUUUGUGUACAUAAUCUUUAUAUGAAUGAAAAAAUAUUCUGUACAGUUUGAAAGGAGUAAUAUAUAUAUACAUCUUGAACUAUGGAUUUUUGUGCUAGGGUGUAAUGAUUUUUUUUAAAAAGGUGAAAUAGUGUUUACACCUUUUUAAUGUAAUCUAUGUAUAUUCUUUAUUUUUUUUCCAAAUUUCUCAUGUUAUCCUAUAUGAUACAUUACAAGUUAAAUGUAAUAAAUUUUUUAACAGUA